UCUUCGCGAAAUACUGUGCGGGAGUGUAAACGGGCUUUUUGCGCCGAUGUCAGCUUGCGGCAUGUCCACGGAUGGUGUGCUCAUGGAAUAUCCUAAAUCUGUUUGCAAACUUUAGGAUUUGUCGGAUUUUAUGGGACUUCAAUUCGAAUAAGCAGGAAUGCCUGACGAGGAGAUUACUUUUCCCGAAAGAACGGAUUGUCUAACACACUAGUAUUGCCUGGAAUUGCCUUUUUGACCGUUGGUCUUCAUCUGUUUUGGAUGAUGGAUGGUCGAGAUUUCGGACCCUCUCGAUCUGUACAUGUACCCCCACCAUUGCUUUCUGGGGUGGGUGUGGAGUCGCACCGAUUCGGAGCAACCGCCAUUCCCGAUCGAAUACCCCAGUCCCCGGGGCAGCUGGGAACGAGCCACCCGGUACAUCUUCAUACAGGCAAAUAUCUUUCAUCGGCUAUUAAUCUCCAUUCUCAUCACAGUAAGUGUUUGCUUUUUUGUCAUAAACGUAAAGAAAACGCGAGCGCAUGCCGAGACCAUUCAGAAAUAUCUAUUAAUUACUUGGCCCACACCCACAUGACCCCUGACCCCUCCUUCAGAGCUCCAACCACGUCCAGCCUCCAGAUGGUCGAGCCUUGGGCCUCCCACCCUCCUGAAGGGUUUGCACAUUUGCCGAACAGUUUGUACCCCAGCACCUACAUUCCACUGAGACAUAUCAAUCACACGACUGGCAGCGGCUCUCUUCUAGCCCAUUUGAGCCAGAACACCCCCUUUGACUCCCAGAAAGAUAGUUUUUACCUGCCAAGCCAGACCAGACAGCCAGCUCUGCACUCCCAGUCUGUAAUCUCCAGGACACCAGCUACCCCUACGUCCAGCUCGUUCUCUAAGGAGAAGGAGACCCCAGCACAUCUCAAGGGAGAAAAAGAUUCAGGCAGGGAAGAGGGGAAGGACAAACCUUUAAAAAGUGACCUGAGCCAAUCUCAUUCUCGCAAGGAGAGGGAUAGGGUCAAGGAAGUGUCCCGAUCACAUAAGGUCAUGGACCUAACCCAACACGUAAAGGUGGAAGGGGAGAGGGGGAGGAAACUGAGUGCCGUUGAUCAUCCAUUUAGGAGUGGAGAGCAAACCUUGUCUGUCUUUCAUGAGCAAUCACCUGGGCAUAAGACCCUGGAGAUAAAAUCAAAGAACCCCUUGAAAACUUCCUCGCUCAGCAAUUGUAUUAGUGGCUAUGAUAAAACCUCCCUGAGAUACAAGGAAGCGGAACAGGACAGGUGCCCCAAGGACUUGGCUCAUCAUGAUGAAAACAUACGGCCAGGGGAGCAUAUCUUCCUAGAUCAGCCGAAAAAAUAUGACUCAGUCGUUGCGUCUAUUGGCACUUUACAGGAACCUCAUAGUGGACCCUCCCCUCAUGAUGGAUCUUCUCAACUGCCUCCACGACCGGUCCCUUUUGGGAUGUACGCUCCUCCUCACCAUAUCCCAUCCAGCCUUUAUUCCAGCAUGUAUUCCACGGUAAUGGAACCUGCAAGAGAACACAGAGUGUCAGGGCACACGUCUGUACCUUCUGUUGAGGUGUACGAUGAGCGAAAUGGACCAACCCAAAUGGCGUCAAAGACUCAGGACAGUAAGAAUGACAAAAAGAUGGAGAUCAAUAGAGAUGAUAAAAAGGGAAAUCAUUUUGGCGGUUUGCAGUUCGUCAGUGAGAGGAAUACUCAUGAGGUAGAGUCUCGGCUCCAUGGGGAUUUUAGAAGAACCAGAAUGUUAAGGGAAGAAGGUUCUGUUAUCAGGCCAAACUGUUUAAAUCUAAAAAGGCCGCAAACUGCAGAAACAUACCGGUGCAAAUCAGGACACAGCCCAGACUCAGUAAAAUCAGUCCUAAGCAGUGCCUCAUCCAAAGAAAUGGUCAACAUGAGGUUGGAUCCUGAAUCCUGUGGUAACGAGUGUAGAAUCAUCCAAAGGGAAUGUGUUAAAGAUUCUGGCAAAAUUAACAAUGGAACUGACUCUGCCAGGAUCCACCAGGAACAGCAGUCAGCUAAAAGCUCAGUCUGCCCUGAGCCCAAAUGGAAACCUUUAGAAAUGGGAAAUUACGCCACAAGCCACAUAGCAGCACUUGUUACUCAACAUGGAAAUGGAGCGGAAGAGGAGGGUAAGAAAAUGUACUCAGAUCCCUUUUGCUUCCAAAGGCCUCAAGUGAGCAAGGACACCAGUUUUAGCUCUGAGGCUCGACCCUUGGGCACUCGGAGAGAGCUGUCUGCUAUGCAAAGCCUAAUAAAAUACAGUGGUGACUUUACCAAGGAGUACAAUUCCAGACAUGAUUCUGACAGCAGGAUUCCCUUUGGAGGUUUGGGGAACUUGAAGCCGGAAAUGAACCAUUUUGAAGAGCCCAAAAUUCAGCAACCUUUGAAGCAGCAGAGGAGGGAGCCAGAGCAAAGUGAAGUUGCCAAGUCUUUCGCCCGCGAGGGUAUCACCUUCCAGGGGGACGUGGAGAUCAGGCAUCCACCAGUGGGGAUUGCGGUGGCUGUGGCUCGACAAAGGCAAUGCAGCAAAAAGCUGACCUCCAAUGGGUCUGAUCAGGACAGACCCCUAUCUCUGUGUAGCAAAGCAGCAGACCAUGCAGAUGAUGAUCACAGGGAUGAGCGAGUAGACCGUCGUGAGGAGUGUGUCCAAGCACGUCAUCGGGGACACGACCAGGAGAAGCUAAUGAGAGAGAAUAAGGAACUGGCAGAGUACACGCAUAUUCACCCACCCCCGGGGGCUUCUGCUGGCUUAUAUGCCAAUUUGAUGCUGACCGGGGGCCCAGUCGUGGCGGGAUCUGGGCGAUGGCCUGUUGAGGCUGGUGUCCAACUUGCCACUUAUUCCUGGAUGCCCCGCGCCAACACCCCUGCAAUGUGGCUUCCCAGAUCUCCCUACGGCUUGGAGCACUCUCUCCAUCAAGGCUUGCCUUCAGGGUAUUCCACCACUCUUCCUGGGUCCAUCAGCUCUCCAUACCACAUUGUACAAGAUCCCCAAUCAGGACAACUGUUGGUAGUUCCUACGGAGCACCUUGCUCACUUCGCAGCAGCAGCCAACCUGAUGGAGCGAGGUCCCCCCGUGUGGCCAUACAUGUACCCCCUGACAGACAGCUCUCUCCAGCAUGCCCACCAGCUGCAGCUCCUCUCCCACCAGCAGUUGAUACAGCAGCAUGAGCUCUCCAUGAUGCAGCAAACCUCACAUGCCAUGGAGCUUCAGAGGAGUGCCCAGCUGAUGGAUAGGCUAAAGGAAAGUGAUCAUAGAGCUGAGCUAGACGACAACGCCACCAAAAGAACCGGUGAUAAUGUAAAGCAGGGUGUCCCAGGCGUCAACACGGCUUCUCAGAGACACCGUGAACGCUCCACAACUCCCACAUCUAGCCAAAAUAAAGCUCUGACCCCUAUGCCCAGUGUGAUGGUACAUUCUCCCACUGUUAGCCUUAAGUCUGAAACCGGACAGGAGGCAGAGGAGCGCAGACAUCGGCAAUCCUCCUACAUGCACCUGUCUGCUAGAGCUCGUCCUUCACCGAGUCCUGCCUCUGACCCACCUGUACUGCUUCCAACUGGAUUCCCCAAGAAGGAGGCCAUUCAGCCGUCAGAGCAGAAAGACUUUGAUGUUUCUUCUGGCUACCCAUACCGAUCGAUGAACGCUCCGUUCGAAAGCCCAUAUCCCUACCUCCAGCAGACGGCCACUAAGACUGACACGGACCGACAGACACUGGAUGUGAUGUUGACAGCUAAAAGUUUGGAACGUGAGGCUUCCUCGGUUGAGGAGAAGCCCGUCGAUUCCCCUGGUGUCGUGCAGCCUCUGCAUUCACUCAAAUCAUACCACAAUAAGCUCAAGGAGGAAAGUCUCCUGAGGAGAGGAGAGGAGGAUGAGAACCAGGGGAGUCAAGGGCCACAUCGAUUAAGUAAGUCAGAAAUGAGGAGCCAAGACCUUCAACUGAACCCUGAGCAACAGCACCGUUCAUCAUUCAUGGUCACCAUGGAUAAGGUGGAGAAGGAAGUGGAGGAUUUUGAAGCGGUGAAACCUGAGGAGUCCUUAGUCCAGAGCUGUCAGAUUUUACCCCAAGUUACUGACUCCAGCUCCAAGCUGGUACUGAAGGGAGUCCAGGAUGGGUCAACCUGCCCAGCAGCCCAGCAAGCUCCAGGUCCAGGAGAGGCCACAGAGUCUGACCACUCCGCACAAAGCAGCACAGUGCCCAUCUGUCAGAGCCAGAGACCAGACGAUGCAUUUUUGCUGCCUGUGAAAGCAGGUUUAAGGGCUGCUAAGAAAGACUCUGUCCUCCAGCUCUCUCAGUGUGAGAACCGGUUUUCGGGUGAGGAUCCCCUUCCAAGAUGCACGCCCCCUGUUCCGCCUCAGGGCCCCGAGACAGGCAUGAUCGCACUGGCAGCUGCCAGUGCGGUGCCUCAGGCUUGUGCCUCACCAUCGGUAACUGACACCCUUCAUGCGGAGCUGCCAAACGUCUCAAACGUGGUGCCCCUGGAAUCAUCAGCCUUCGAGGGAAUUGCUCUCCUGAGUGAAAUGGCUGAGAUGGAACUGGAGAAGCGCCGCUGUAUGAUACAGUAUAGUUUGGAGAACCUUCUACUGGCUGGUAGGCAAGUGCUGCUUGAAGGGCUGGAGUUUGAUCCAGUCAUCAACAUUCGUCUUCCCAGAGAGCUCAACCCAAACAGAAAGUAUAGCUGGAUGCAGAAGAAGGAGGACGAUCUGCUCUCCAUGAAGUCAGGCGUAGAGGGCAUGGGUGUGCUGGAGGUGGAUUACCGCACGAAGCUAGCUGAGCUGCAGAGGCGCUACCAGGCCAAGCAGAGGGAGCUGCUCAAGUUACACAGACGACAUGAAUCUACAGAAAAGUCGCUAGAGGACACAAACAGCAUCUCAGUAAAAAGAGGUCCAGGGCGACCCAGGAAGAGGAAGCACGGCAUCAGUUCUGCACUCUCUUCACCAGCAGACAAAACAGAGGCCAAGUGUGGGAGCUUCAGCCAGAGCUUGCUCCUGUCUGAAGACUCUGAAGCUGGAGAAGCAGAUAGGAAGCGAUUACGAGGCCCCAGCCUUGACGAUGAAGAGGAGACAGAUAGUGAAGAAAUCAAUAGAAGAAAUCAGGACUGGAACAGCAAGGAAACUGCAAUGAGAUAUUUUCAACAGAUGCCAUCGAAAAGGAAGUGGCGGAAGGCAGCCAUGCAUGAACUGUUGGCCACAAAGCUUGACAAGGCCCUCUCCCUGACCGAACUGAACAAGCACGCAGAAGCCUCACUGGAUCAUUACAAAACAAAUUCUGGAAGUUGCAGCACAGUGUUUAUGCUCCCGGGUUUUGAGAUGAAAGACACAGACUCUGAAGAGGAUGGUGAUUCUGUAAAAGAUGGCUGGCCCACACAUACAAUACUGGGCCGGCCAGAACUACGCAGCCAGUGUUCCAGCCCAUCAAGCUCCGGGUCCAGGAGAGGCGAGUCGCUGUUAGACAGGACCACGGUUUCCGGAGCCCUGAAAUCUGCGCAGGUCAACCAGACGAAACACAGGCGCUUCCCUCCUCGGCUGCAGUCCUUCAGCGAAUCCUCGGAGGACGCCUUUGAUCAAGAUUUCUCCAGGAAGAAAGGCAAUGAAAUGGAGGAGGAGGACGGCUAUGGAUUUGUGCUGGACGAAAGUGUUGGGCUGUGCUCCUCCUCUCCGGAGGAAAGUGGACUGGGCCUCCUGGCUCUCUUUGCAGCCAGAGUUGUGCCAAGCCCAGUCACGUCCUCCCCGCUCUCCACCGUCAAGCCGAAAGCAAAGCAGAAAGCCAGAAACAAAGAGGACAGACAAAGCCUUCUGGACGCGGAGGUGGGGUGCACGGAUUCCGAGAGCGACGCAGCGGCCGGGAGGACGGUCGGCCCCCCGCGGCAUGAGGGCGGCCCACCGGAGGAGUCCGGCUCCGGCAAGCCCGUGGCGGCCUUGGAGUUCCCCAGGAAGCCCAGGAAGAUGAAGGCGGCCGAGGAGCUCGACUUUCAUCCCAAGGCGGAGGCCAAUGACGAGGAGCGCUGGACCCGCCGGAGGAGCGAGCGGAUCUUCCUCCACGACGCCGCUGCGCCCGCCCCCCUCUCCCCCUCCCCCAGGAGCCCCCCAGCCACUGAGCCCAGACCCGGCCGCUGCUCUAAGGCCACGCCGUGCAGCUCCAAAAAAGCUGCCGUAUCCAGGGAGAAGAAGAAGGGCAAAGAGGCGCCAAGGUGCCCGUCUUCUCUGCCAAUGUCGGAGCCCAUUUUGGGGAGUCGGAGAGCUCUCGCCCAUUCACCCACCUCCCCAGGGCAAAGGCUCAAGACCAAGCCCAGGCCUGGGGGGGCCAGGAAGGAGAUACGCGGCAAGGGUGGGGCAGUCAGCAAGCUCAUGGAGAGCAUGGCAGCGGACGAGGACUUUGAGCCCAAUCAGGACAGCAGCUUCUCUGAGGAUGACGGCCCCGCCCACUGCCAGCGACCUGGCACCCCACCCCCCCGGAGCUGUGUGAUUGACAAGGACGAACUCAAAGAUGGACUGAGGGUCCUCAUCCCCAUGGACGACAAGCUGCUCUAUGCCGGCCAUGUCAACACUGUUCACUCCCCAGACAUAUACAGAGUGAUGGUGGAGGGCGAGCGAGGAAACAGGCCACACAUCUACUGUUUGGAGCAGCUGUUGCAGGAGGCGAUUAUUGAUGUGAAGCCUCCCUCUGUGAGACACCUUCCCGAGGGCACGAGGAUCGCCGCCUAUUGGAGCCAGCAGUACCGGUGUCUGUACCCUGGCACUGUCGUCCGAGGAAAUUCUGAUAUAGAUGCAGAGGAUGACUUGAUAACAGUUGAGUUUGACGAUGGUGAUACAGGACGAAUUCCCUUGUCGCACAUCAGGUUGCUUCCUCCCAACUACAAGAUACAAUGUGCUGAGCCCUCUCCUGCUCUCCUGGUGCCCAGCACAAAAAAGCGAGGCAGGAAGUCCAGUAAGGAUGUGUCUGAGAACCAGGAGUCGACCCCACAGACCCCCGAGGAACGUGCUCCAAAACCCCGGGGCCGAAAACCCAAACUAAAGCCUGCACCUGAUGACAGUCAAGAGGAUCAUACAGAGCGGGAAAGUCCUACCUCUCCUCAGACAUCCACAGAGAGCCCCCUGUCCUCCUCAAGAACAGGGCCAUUACUUGAAAGAAAAUUCCAGCAGGUCAGCUCCACUGGCUCCUCAAUUGCAGGGGCUAAUGACACUCACAAUAAAAGCAUCAAGACCUCAGCUAAAGUCGCCUCUCAGGUGAAGGUGCCCUACACAUGCCCGCUCUAUGGUAAAGUUCUUUCAGUUGACAUCUACAAUGAGCCAUCUGGGUCACAGGGUUCGGUCAUUUUGAAUGACAGCAGCAACCCAGGAAAUGUGAAACUAGGAAAGAAAGGAAAGAAAAGUGGGGAACACCAAGAAACGAGUCUAGAAGCAAAAACGCAGAGAGAAUCUUCAGAGAUUCUCAUCAAGCUGGAUCACGAAGGGGUCAUGUCGCCUAAAACGAAAAAGACAAAAGCCUUGAUGAUGAUGGAAGACGCCGCUCUCUCUGGUCGGGAAAACAAGGCCGUCAUGGGUGUCGCUUACUCAACAGGCCUGCCGGGAGAUGGCAUACAGCGAACACUUAGUACCAAAACGUCAGAGAAGGAGAGCCUGAAGACAGAUUCAGUGGGCACCUGUAACACUGCUGUGCUGGGAAGCAAUGAGGACAUGCUGGCUAAAGUGAAGAACUCCCAGCUAAAAGGGGAGGCCACGCCAAACAGCACCAUGAGCGGCUCGGAAUUAGUUGAGCAGGUCCGAGAAAGGGGAAGUCAAGACCAUGACAGAUCCACCAGCUCCAGGACGUCCAGUCCAGUCUCCUCCAAAUCCUCCCACUCCUCCACCAGCAGUUCGUCAUCCUCCUCUACUGCAUCUUCCUGCUCUUCUUCUUCCUCCUCAUCGUCCUCUUCCUCGUCCUCCUCAUCCACAACGUCAGACGAUUCCUCUUGCAGCUCCGACGAGGAGACUGCUGUCUUGCCACAGAUGUCUCCCACAACCCAAAAAUCUCACCAAAAAUCAGAGGACAAGCUGCCCAAACAGUUCCAGGAGUCAAGUCUUACUCCACACAAGGGCCAGGAGAGGAAGAAGAAGCAGCAGCAGAAGCAGCCUCAAGGAAAGAGCCGUCCCAAAAAACGAGAGGGCAUACAUUUGCCCACCACCAAGGAGCUGGCAAAGCGGCAAAGGCUGCCUUCGGUAGAGAACCGGCCCAAAAUUGCUGCUUUUCUCCCAGCCAGACAACUGUGGAAGUGGUAUGGCAAACCCACGCAGAGGCGAGGCAUGAAGGGAAAAGCCAAGAAGUUAUUUUACAAAGCUAUCAUGCGUGGGAAGGAGAUGAUUCAAAUUGGAGACUGCGCAGUGUUCCUGUCUGCAGGACGUCCCAAUCUGCCUUAUAUAGGCUGCAUCCAGAGCAUGUGGGAAUCCUGGGGGAAUAACAUGGUCGUCAGAGUGAAAUGGUUUUACCAUCCAGAAGAAACAAACCCUGGCAAGAAGUUUCAUGAUAGAAAGAACUGGAAUCAGAAAUCUGCAAAGGGACUACCAGCCACUCUACAAGCCUCCAAUCAGAGGAAGGAUUUUAUGGAGCGUGCUCUCUACCAGUCCUCCCACAUCGAUGAAAAUGAUGUACAGACUGUUUCUCACAAGUGUCUAGUAGUCAGUUUGGAACAAUAUGAACAGAUGAUUAAAACAAAGAAGUACCAAGACCGCGAGGAUCUCUACUACCUGGCUGGUACCUAUGAGCCCACUACUGGGAUGAUCUUCAACACAAAUGGUGUUCCGAUCAUCUGCUGAAGACCCCUCUCUCUCAUGCCUCAGAGUGCCCUAAUUUCUGAUCUUCCACACUGCAGUAAACACGAUUCAAACCAGCUGCCUGUUAAAGGUCAUAGUUAAAUUCACACGCUGCAGAUGAUUGGUGACAGCGAGCAGUAGCACAGAGAGUGUGCUCCCUCUCAAAUGAUGGUGUCAAAUGCUUCAGUGUAUCUGACAUGCCCUGAGGACAUAUCUUCCUCUAGGUUAAUAACUAAUCCCGAGAGACUUGGAACUUAGACGGCCGAAACAAAAUUAAUCCAAUGGCAGCUCAUAAUAUAAAUAUAUUGACUUGGAUGUCUUUGAGGGCAUACUGAUAUUCAGGUGCCAAAUCUGGAAACUUGUCAAGGAAGAUGUCUUUAACCAUUUUACGAAGUGAAGAAGACAUUGAUUAGUAGCUUUCCUGGAAAGCCGUGAUCUUCCAGUGAGCGUGAAACUUGGCAUCGUGGACUGAGUGUCAGAAACGUCUGUGGGGCAAAGGUAGUUUCACAGCUGGGGUUCUUAUGUCUGCAGCAGUAUGGCACCGCCAGCCAAAGACAUCAUCGCCACCAUUGGCUCCAAUACCAGCAGGACUUAAAUUACAGAUGAUACCACUGGAAGGUUUGCUUAUAAUAAUCCUCAGGCAUAUCUGUAUCCCAGUGUCCAGCACAGAAACCAACCAUUCAGAGAUGACAGUAUGUGUUCAACAGGGAAAACAGACCUAUCAGGCAAAUGCGACGCUACCGUCAUCGUCUCUCAACCUGCUGGGAACAUAACGUGGUGCUUUAACAAAUAAGGGGUUUCUCACCCAUGUUGACAAGAUGCCUCACCUUGACUUUCUGCCACCGACCACUUUUCUGUGUCACAACAUUAGUCUGACAUUUGAAGCCAGGGCAAGACUCUUGAAACAAGCAUGAAAUACAAAGAGAAAUGUUAGGCUUCUUUUAACCUUUGAGUACCAUGCAGCUGAGCAGACGUUUUUGAGCCGUGCGUAGUUUGUUGCUUAUAUUCUUUGGGAUGUACAUUUACAACAAUUUCUACACUGGCUUAUCCAGCUUUAUCAGUAAGCAAAUGCUGGUCUAUUAAGCAACUUACUUAAACAUGGGAAGACACCAACCGCCUUCCCAACAAAUCCUAAGGCUUAAAUAGAGUUUAAGGGAUCCCAAAAUGUUGUGUAUACUUCAUGCUAUAGCUAUAAAUGGAAUGCAUUUAUUAAAUGUAUUCUUGUAAUUUUUUAACUGUUUUUAGAAUGGAAAAGCUUUAUAAAACUGUGAAUAUGGUCUGGGGAAAAAAAUGGAAUAUGAAACUGCGGAAUAUACUAUUCUAACUAAGUUUGCAUUGAGAGCACACAAACUGUAUGUGCUAGCUAAUUGUUUCACAGAACAACGGGGCACAAGAAAGAAUGUUCCGGAAUACUUAAACAGUGUUGGAGUCUGCUUUGAAUGACAAGAAUGUACAACAAAGAGCACUUAUUCAUUGCCCAUGGCUUUGUCAAUGACAAUUCAUCUGACAAUCGGGAGCGGAGGAACACUGAAUGUGUGGCGACUGUUAUCUUCUGUGGAAGCUGUUAUUAGUAAGAUGGGAUUCACGCUUUGGGCAUCUGCCCUGUCUUCACUGGCAGAGUCUGCUUCAGUCCUACAUGACUUGCUUUCCCUAUUAGUAUUACACGAUGCCACCAAUACAUUUUAUUUGGUGUUUAAUGGCACUUUUGAGUAACAGCUCAGGAACCUGAGUAGCAUUCGGAAAUACCAAAAUCCCUGGUGUUUGAGAUUAAAAACAUAAUGCAUGAUAUUGAAUUGGGAACUUGGUCAAUUCCAUCUUUUUUUUUUUGUAAAAUGUAAAAAAUUCUGUUGCCUUGUGCAUGUUCCAGAGCACUUCAAAGUCUAUCUUAGAUUUUGUCAUUAGCAAGGUGAACCAGAUAUAUUGCUAUAUAAAAGCCUUUCCUGUGAGAGCCUAUAACAGUGUAAACAUAUUGCUAAAUGUUGCUUAUUGUAAAUGUUACCCUUAUUUGUAAGCUGUAUUUCAAUCCAAAGACCCAAAGGCCUCACUCCCCAGAAACGUUUGUACUACUCAGUUUCUUUAAAUGCUACACUUCAAAUGAAGACCAAUCACUUUAUUUUUCAACUCUUCACAGUAGUGUGUCUUUUAGUUCUGCGUUUUCCAUUGUGCCUGGUUGUAUGGAAUUGUUUCAAUGGUGAUUUGAUUUUAACAUUUUCCGAAUCAAAAUGCAAGUCUUACAAGUUGAUAUAGAGCAGUAAAUCCAUUUUAAAUGCUUGGACCAUAGAAACUGCAUACCUAUUUAGGAUUCAUAAGGGGAUACCUCAGAGAUCGAAAUGCAGCAAUAAUUUAAAUUGCCAUCACACUAGCCAUGAGAUACAGCACUUACGUAAUCUCUGGAAUCAGUGCUUCAGCAUUUUUAAAAUUUGUGGUUUUUUUUAAUUCAUGACUUUGCCAUGCUAUGCUACAAAUGAUGUGUAUAUUAAAUCUAGUGCUAUAUUUACUUGUUUUCUCUUGCUCACCCCCCCCUCAAAAGGCACUGAAUCAUGACCUGGCUACUGCAUUUUCACAUUUCCCGUUUACAUGUAAAGCCUUUUUUCUUGAUUUUUUUUUGUUCCCAGCUUAAGUUCUCCUGGAAGAUGUUUGCUGAAAGACAGAGGCCAGCUUUAACUCUAAUUUAAUUAAAACAGAACAGCAACCAUCCUGGAAUUUAAAGGGACUUUUUAGAAGUUGCGGUAUCAGGCACUAAAGCCACGGACAGGCAGCCCCAGUAACUCCUUUCCCAAGCUCCUAAAUAGUUGCUCUACUUGGGUGCAGCUUCACUGCAGGCUUCUGGGGGCAUUUUAUGUGGGUCCAAGCAUUUGAAGAGCUCCCCCGUUACCCAGGAUAUUUUCUUUACACAAACACACAUCCAGCCCAGCCUAAUAAUAAAAGGAACUCUGGCCAUGGUACAUUUCUAUAAUCUUAUAAAUUCAAGACAAUGCGUGAGAAAAGGGUAGCCUACAUGUUACCGGUCAAAUGUUUUUACUUUUCAUUUUCAACAUGGAUUUGUUUUGCCUUUCAAUGUAUUUGAUAGCUUGUUUGUACACGAGUUGGAUUUCAUUUUAUUAAAUGAUUUUUUUUAUUA